ACACUGCAGGACAGGGGGCGUCGGCCUGACACGCGGCGCUGGUGCGACACCUGUCAGAUUCACUUCAGCGGUGAUGUCAUCGUCCAUCGACGGACAAAAAAACACAAGGUGUGUAAGCAGCUGUGUCGUCCCUUCUGUCCCGUGUGCAGACGCCACUUCAGGACUCCCAGGAAGUUUGUGGAGCACAUGAAGUCUGCGGAGCACAAGCAGCAGGUGCUCCUGGAGGAGGCUCAGGAGGAGGAGCUGAUCACUGUGGACGCUGUCGGCUGCUUCAAGGGAGAGGAGGAGGAGGAUGAAGAACAAGAGGUAGAAGUAGCUGAUGAAGAAGAGGAGACUGUGUCGGAGGCCGUCGACACACAGGAAGCACACGAGGAGGGAUAUGACCCCGACACCACCUACGGAAGUGGCUUUGUGGUUCCUGUUUCUGGCUUCGUGUGUCGACUCUGUAACAAGUUCUUCUACAGAGAGACGACAGCGCGACACACACACUGCAGGACACGCACACACUACCUCAACCUGCAGAGUCACAGACCUCAGCAGAGACCUGAAGACGAGGACCGAACCGCUCAGACUGUGUCCCACAAUGCAUCUGUGUAUCCAGGUGAUGCACCGACGAUGACCUCACUGUGAUGUUUUAUUGUUCUGCCGCCACAGAAACUAAUUAAAACUCCCAUUAAAAGAGUACAAACGCG